AUGGCGGCCCGCCUGAGCACGCGCGAACACUACGCCGACUUGCUGGACAAGUACGACACCUGGCUCUUUGACUGCGACGGCGUGCUCUGGCAGGGCGACCGCCCCAUCGAGGGUGUCGUCGAGGUGCUGCAGAUGCUCCGGAAACAGAACAAGGCGGUGAUCUUCGUGACGAACAACGCGACCAAGUCGCGCCCGAACUACAAGAAGAAGUUCGACGUCCUCGGCGUCGAGGCGCACGUCGACGAGAUCUACGGAUCGGCGUACGCGUCCGCGGUGUACAUCUCCUCGGUGAUGAAGAUGCCCAAGGACAAGAAGGUGUACGUGAUCGGCAUGCCCGGGCUCGAGGAGGAGCUCCGCGGGGAGGGCAUCCAGUGCGUCGGCGGCUCGGACCCGGCGGACAACGUCCUCGGCGGGUUCUCGCUCGCGGACUGGACGCCGGACCCCGCGGUCGGCGCCGUGCUCUGCGGGCUGGACACGAACGUGAACUACACGAAGCUCUCGAAGGCGUUCACGUACCUCCAGCGCCCCGGCGUCGCCUUCCUCGCGACGAACGAGGACAGCACGUACCCGUCCGCGGAGGGGCUCCUCCCCGGGGCCGGCGCGGUCUCCGCGCCGCUGCGCUUCGCCCUGGGCGCGGACCCGCUCGCGAUCGGGAAGCCGAAGCAGGUCAUGCUCGACUGCAUCAGAGCCAAGCACGACUUCGACCCGAAGCGGACGAUCAUGGUCGGCGACCGGCUGAACACGGACAUCGAGUUCGGGAAGGCGGGCGGGCUCGCGACGCUGCUCGUGCUCACCGGGAUCACGAAGGAGAGCGAGAUCACGGGCCCGAACGCGUCGUCCACCGUGCCGGACUACGUGACGAGCUCGCUCGGCGACCUGCGCGCACUGUUCUAG